AUGAAGAAACGGAUUCCGUCAAACCUCACACUCACGUUUGAGGAGAUCAGCGAGGCCCGCAUUUAUUGUCUAAGGCAGGCUCAAGGAAGCUUCUCAUCCGAUCUACACCUGUUGCAAAGGGGAAAAGCUGUGCCAAAUUCGUCAUCACUUCGAACACUCUCACCCAUGGUUUGCCAGAAUGGCCUGCUUCGUGUAGGUGGGCGCCUCUCAAACUCGCUACUACCGGAGGAAGUCAAGCAUCCAAUUAUUCUGCCGAAACAUCAUCGCAUUUCUCUGCUGAUUUUGGAACACGAGCACAGGAUACAUCUUCAUCCAUGUGUGACAGCACUUUUCGUCAUCGUUCGCCAACAAUAUUGGAUAGUUGGCGCACGCAACAUGAUUCGCAAGCUUACACAUGCUUGUCUCAAAUGUUUUCGCCAACGCCACAAAACAACUGAUCAAUACAUGGCGGACUUGCCAGCUGUUCGGGUACGUCAAGCAUACCCAUUUGAAAUUACUGGGUGCGACUAUGCCGGACCGCUUCUACUCAAGGUGCACAAGGGACGGAAUCCACGAAAGGAAAAGGGAUACAUUUGUCUAUUCGUCUGCCUAGUGACCUCCGCAAUCCACUUGGAGUUGGCUACAGAUCUCAGCACGGAAACAUUUCUUGCUGCACUUCGUCGUUUUAUCUCCCGUCGAGGCAAGUAUACCCACAUCUUCAGCGACAACGGUCGCAACUUUGUGGGAGCAAAGAAGGUGUUAGACGAAAUGUAUAAGCUCAUCCUGUCGCAGCAGCAUAACACUCAAGUAACCCAAGCGUUGGCCAGCGAGGACAUCGAGGUUUCCUACUUGUCACCCGCACACCUGCUGAUUGGACGCCCUUAUACAUCAGUUCCAGAGGGCGAUCUUGGACACAUAGCAGUUAACCGACUGGAUUACUGGCAAAAUGUACAGGCAAUGCUACAAGGCUUUUGGAAGAGAUGGCAUCAGGAGUACAUCACUACACUUCAACAGCGCCCUAAGUGGAAUACGGAAAGGAAGAACAUUGCUACUGGGGAUAUGGCGAUCAUCAAGGAUUCAAACACACCCCCCGCCUCUUGGACUUUGGCGCGCAUAAUUGAAGUCUACCCGUAA